AUGCCAUCCCUAGCCUUUUCAAAGUCAAGGCUGUGCGCGCGGUUGUUGCCGGAGGGACAUUUGGAGGUGCAUCAAGGAUCAGAGAUCUCAGGGAGUCCGGCCCUCUACAAGCUGCUUGGCGCCAGGUUCGCUCGUCCUGCUGGCGAUUUUGAGUUCGCAGGUCGCUCGCGACUGGCCAUUUUUGUGCCAGAUCUACGCGAUGACUUGCAGAGAGUUGCAGCACCUGCAGAAGUUUGUGUCUGGGAGGUUGCUUCAAGCGAUGGUGAAUUGACCAAGACGGAGAAGAUCAAAGCGGAGGUGGAGUCAGGUCAACUGGCCGAGCUAAAGUGGAAUAGCAGUGGCAGUGCCUUGUUGGUACACUGCACUACCGAGGUGGAUGACUCGGGGAAGAGUUACUACGGCGUCUCCAAGCUGUUGCUGGCUUGCGCUGAUGGCAAAUUUCAGAAGGACUUGACUGAAGCAGACACCACUGCACCGCAGCAAAUGGGCGUUGCAGUGCAGGCAGUGGAAUGGAGCCCUACUCGAGAUGAGUUCAUUUUGAUCAAAGGAUAUCAACCUGCCAAGGUGACCCUUUGGGCCUGGGAUGGGGAGAAUCAUAGCGUGACUCUCGUGAAGGUUCUGACUGAGAAGGCACAUCGCAACUUCAUUCGCUUCAACCACUUCGGUUCGUUGGUCUGCAUUGCCGGCUUCGGGAAUUUGGCUGGGGAAGUCGAUUUCUACGGCAAAAAGGACAAUGAGAAUUGCGACUUCGUGAAGAUCUCGAAGUGCGAAGCCAAUUGCGCCGUCAGUGCGGAAUGGGGCCCUGAUGGUCGCCACCUCUUAACAGCGGUGUUGUUCCCUCGGAUGCGCGUGGAUAAUGGCCUGACCCUGUGGAAUGCCUUGACGGGAACCAAGGUGCUUUCCGCUUCUUCGGAACAAUUGUAUGAGGUGGCCUGGAGACCGGGGCAAGCCUCUGACGUAGACAUCUCGGCUGAAGAGGUGGGACGUGCCACAAUGGCUGUGGACUCAGGAGGGGCCAAAAAGCAGGCCUAUAAGCCUCCCAAGGCGCGUGGCACGGGUGACUCCACGGUGGCAGCCAUGAUGCGUGGAGAGGUGGCUGUCCCCGAUGAAGACCGGCGUCGGAGGCCUUGGCAAUCGAAGAAGGAGUCUGACAGGAACUUCUCAGCAACAUCUCCUCCGCAUUCUCCAGAAUCGGAGGAUGCCAAUGGGGGCAAGUUGUCGCCGCCCUACUCACCACCGCGGAAAGUCAAAGACAAGUCACAGGAUGUGUCGCAACCGUCACAACCCUUUAGUCGUGGUACCUCCUCAAAUGCCGAGUCACAGAAUCCGGCACAGCCGCCCUCCCAGCGCGUCUCACCCAAAAUGGCCGCGCGCGUCAGUCCGGAACUGGGUCCGCGCUCCUUGCGUUUGCCACUCCUGGAGGCUAUGAUGGAGCCGCCAGAACGAACGGAACAAAGCUUGGCUGCAGCUUUGGCCGCGCAAAGUCUCAGUGGAAGUGGAACUGGAGCGGAUUUGGCGAACUUCCUGGCGGCGGCGGAGGUCGAGCAGCGACUGAAGCAGCAGCAACAGCAACAGCAACAGCUUGGACAGUUGCAGGACCAGCUGCAGCAACAGAAGAUGCAACAACAAAAAUUAGCCGCAUACCGCCAGCAAGAAAUGUUGCAAGCGCUGGGACAAGGCGGCAGUGCCCGUGCAGCCACCGCGGCCACCGCGGCCAGCGCGGCCAGUGCCACGGCCAACGCGGUGAACCGGACUCAGCUGGAAGCAGCUUUGGCCUCUAUUUAUUCCCAGCAGCAGCAGCAGCAGAAUUCGUCAACCGCAGAAAAUUUUUCAAAGCACAUGCAGCACCAGAAGCAACGUCAGCAGUUGUUGCAACAGCAGCUGGCCGCAUCGGCUGCCUCCGAUCCAAAAGCUGCAGGGUUGCUGCAGCAACAGCUGGCUGCUUCCUUAUUGGCACAACGUGAUCCCCACGGCCAGUUGGCGGCGGCGGCGGCACUGGCGGCAACACAAGGCUACGGGGCACAGGCGUCGGCUGCGUCGGCCGCUUCCGCGGCAUCAAGGUUGGCCGCUAUGAGUGCUGAGCAGGAAAGGCAGAGACAAUUGGCUGCGUUGGAAGAGCAACGGCGUUUGGAGCGGAGUGCUGCUACAGGUGCGGACAAGCAGCGAAGAUGUCCGACCCACGGUUGGCAGUAUAUUGAUCCUAAGAACAACAUCCAGGGACCCUUUUCCUUGCAGGAAAUGUUGCAGUGGCAUCGAAUGGGCUUCUUUCAACAAGAUCUGCGCAUGAGGUGUGAUCCAGCCGACAAGUUCAUCCCUCUGAAAGAGUUGUUUCCAGCUGGCAGCGUCCCCUUUGAGAGCUACCCAAGGCGGGUCGCUGGCAAUGGCUACGCAUGA